AUGUCAAAUGGAAAUGCUUUCUGGGCUGCUGGCAAGCACAUCGUUACCUCUCCGAAUUCCCCCACUCCCACAUCUGUCGAAACACCAAACAAGUCAAACAAUAAGUCUCCCACACAGCAGAAGAAUGGGUUAGUCUCCAAGAAUAGGAAUAACGGAAGUGUUAGAGACGGCCGGAGCAAUAGUAAUGGCGUUGAUCUUGCCAGUGCCGGUAUCAAGAAGGCAUCUUGGGCAGAUGAGGAGGAAGAUGAGAGGUUUCUCGCCCUGUUGGUAUCCCAGAAAGACAACCCGGUCGUCUCUUCCCUAGGGACGACAGUCAAUGUCAAGGAUGAGUUAAUCGAGGAACUGGAGGCGACUAUUGUCACCAAAGAUCUUCGCAUUGCCGAGUUGGAGGCUGCCUUACGAGACAGCCACGGACAGAUUGAAGAGCUUGAGGAAGGGAUGCAAGUGAAAGGAAACACUGUCAAGAAGUUGGAGAAGGAGAACCACGUACAAUUCCUCCAAAUACAGGAGCUGCACCGUGAGUCUACCGAGAAGGACGAGCGGAUUCAGAGCCUGGAGUCAGCACUGAAGCGACUCACUGCUACCCAAGACCUUCAGCAGACGUCCUCUUCAGACAUUCAAUCAUCCACUAAGAGCGAUGAUGUAAAGAGCACUGAGAUUGUCAAACCCAAAGCCAAGACUUCUUCGCCAACUGUUGCUCAAAAGAAGUCUGAGAGUGUCAAGACGCCAGAGCCCAAACAGGCUAUUUCCAACGUCACCGAGCUUGCCUCCACUGGCAAGACCAAAGAUGACCAGAUUGAGAGGUCUGUUAACGGCCCAUCAUCUCACGACAUCGACUCCCCGACAUUCGUGACGAAAGAGACUUUGAAGGUUGUGCCUCCUGUUCCCAAGCCAAGGGUAUUGAUAUUCCCCAUCGAUAUGUCUAAGUACGGGAAGAAACCUGCUGUUGCUGUGGCUACCAAGAACCAAGGACAAUCCCCGAGGUUCAUGGAAGGCAAGGGCGGUCAAACUACGUCGUGGAGCCGAUCACCAAAACAGGCACGUGUCAAGACAGACGUGAAGCCCAAUUUCAACCCUUCUGCUGACAUUCGACACAUGUCGUCUGCUCAGCGUGUUCUCUACGGAAACGGUCCAGACGUUUCCGUCAAGCUCGGAGACGUCGAGCUCAAGACCCUUCCUCAGUACAUCCUGAUGCAGUGCUCCGGGAAGGCAUUCCUUCACUUCACGACCAAUCCGGGCGCAACCUCGUGGUCGUUCCCUGCAGGCUCAAUGGACGCAGACGCCGCCAAGUCCCUCCUUAACUGGAUGGACGAAAUGACAUACCAGGGCCGUGUCUACUCCGUCACACUGAACUCGGCACCAGUGAAUGACCAAAGGAACAUCCAGAUCUGCCGUGCCGCUCGCCUGAUGGGCCUCAACAACUCAUACGUCGGUCACUUCACCAAGCACUUUUGUGAACGUAUCCGCGACAAAGACGUCCCUUACGAGUUGUCGGAUCUCGUAUGUAAGUUUGCCUAUCCCGAGAACGACCCAGUCUUCGAUUGCCUGGCCAACAAACUGGCCAUGCAAAAGGCGGCUGGCAGUGUGCAGGGCCGGGCAGUAUUGGAGAAGCUGGCUGCCACCUACCCGGUACUGAGGACCACGGUGGAGAAGAUCGAGCGGAAGAUGGGUGCUACUCGAGCACGCAAGUAG